CAGACAAAUAACAAAGCGUCAUUGUCAUCAUUUUCUGUCGAUGAAACAUCUGCUGGUUCAAUGGCUCACAGUUCACAAACGUUUACAAUAAAUGAUGCAACUAAUAGGUCUGUCAACAUGCAAUCGAUAAUGGAACCAACUGCAACUACAUCAACGUCUUCAGAAGCCACAUCAUUGACAACAACAUCAUCAGGUUUAACUAACGAAAUAAAUGAUGAUAAUAGUUCAAGUUUUAUGUGCCAGGUGUGUGGCAAAAUGCUCUUGUCCUUGCAAAAGUUGCAACUGCACUUGGGAAAGACGCAUUGCGAGAAGAGGAAGUACAUGUGUCCUCACUGCCACAAACUCUUCAAUGAAAGAGGUAAUAGGCACCGACACAUCAGGGUCGUACACUACAAGGAAAGAAAUUAUUUAUGUGACUUGUGUGGGCAGUCGUUUGGCCAGGUGAACACGCUGCAUCAACAUCGAAACUCCUGCCAGACGGGCAGGCGCUCGCUUGCCAAGUGCCACUUCUGCAAGUUCAAGGUCAACAACUCAUUGAAGUCGAACAGAAUGAUGGUUGAUCAUUAUAAAGAAGUCCAUGGUAUUGAAUUGUUGCACUGUUCCAAUUGUCCAGACAUAUAUUAUUCUCUUGAAAGUUACAACAAACAUUUGAAAGAUUUUCUUUAUGAGGCUAGCGAGUGCAAGUUAUGCGACAUCCAGUUCACAAACCAGUGCUCCAUGCGAGCCCACAGCUGUGAGCUGACGGACGCUGUCACCAAACAUGUCUGCGGCGUCUGUUGCAAGAGCUUCUUGACAUCAACGUCAUUUAAGUAUCAUCAGCGCACACACGACGGCCAGAAACCGCACGCCUGUAAGAUUUGUGAUUCGAGGUUCAGGCAGGCGGCCCACUUGAAGAUACACCAGCUGAAACAUUCCAACGAGCGCUCACAGAAGUGCCUUCUCUGCAAGAAAACUUACAAAGCAAGAAAUGAUUUGAAACUGCAUUACAGGAACGUUCACAAGAUCAUCCUUCCCAAAUAUAUCGUGGGCGAUAUCACCGUUGAUGACUUGUCGAAGGGGGAACCUGUUGAUGAUGAUAAUGAUGAUGGUGGUGGUUUUGUUAAUGUUGGUGGUGGCCAUGAUGAUGUUGACACUGUUCUUGCUUACAUGACGUGCGAUAAUGAUGAUGAUGAUGGUGCCGAUAAGAACGAAGAACCUGAAAAUGAGAAUUCAUGUAAUGCUGGUAAUGAGGACGAAGACGACGACGAUAACGAUUCUUAUGGUGGUUAUGAUCUCGACGGUGAUGAUUAUGAUGUCAAUGAGGAAGAAGAAGAUGUUGAUAAUGAUUAACAGAAAAUAUUUUUAUUAUCGCCAUCAUCAUCAUUAUGAUUCGUGAGAAGACGGUUGGUUUGGUAAAUAUGUGAUAGUCUUUUUUUUGUUGCUUGAAAAUUAGGUAUCAAUGUAUUAAUAGUUCAAUAAAGCCAUGGAAGGAUAGAUGGAUAACUGGAUAAAUGAAUGAGUAAAUUAAUGGCAGACAAAUUUGUUUAAUGAAAAUUAAAAUAUAGACUUGCAAUACAUUUUUG